UUCCUGCUGGUGGUGCUUUUGGACAAGUAAAAAGACAUUUAAUAUCAUGGGAGCACUAAUGAGUGAUGGACUUUUUGAGAUUUUUCCCAUUUAUCUCAUACCAUCUUUACCUUCCAUUCAUUAACACGGAAGGAACAUUUUUUAAAAUGCCCAUUCCCCAAUCUUUGAGAUAGUAUUAUUUUUAAUUUUUUAGGAACAGUGGGCAGCAAAUGUUGGUAAUGUCUUUCCACAACAACCAUAUGUCACAACCACAAUGCCACAAGCGAAUAAUCCUGUCUCCGUUUUUGUUACACAACAAUUUGGUUCUCAAGGCGUUGGAAAUACAGUGACAAAUGUCUUUGCUCGACAGGUUACUCAACAAGGAGUCUAUAAUACAAAUAUGCUUGUUGCUCAACAGACAACCUAUGCUAGUGGGAUAAAUUAUCAAAAUUUGAAUCAACCUCACACUGGCUAUGUUCAACAACUUAAUGUAAAAAUUUAAUUGACACUUUAAAUUUAUAGGAGAAUUUAAAGCAAGGGUGGUCUAAAAAUUGUUCGAAAAAAUGUCCUGUAUUUUAAAAAAAAAGAGUAAGAAGGGGGCGGGGCGUAUGGGACGUAAACUACACUAUUCUGCUUUAACGUUCACAAUUUAUCUAGUAAUACUGGCCCUACAUAUUGACAAUUUACUGGAUUUACAU